AUGACGAGCAAAAGCCAACGUGGGGACGGAGAAGAGGAACGAAUGUCACAAACGAAAAACACCAUCGAUUUCCUCUCCAUCUGCGGGAAACUGAAGCAAACAAAGAGAACUGGGUGGACGAAAUAUAAAGAGAUUACUUCUCGGGUUGAAUCCGUGGCGGAUCACUCGUUUCGGAUCGCGCUGAUGGCUUUUGUGUUUGGUUUGCAACAAGAAGAAGACAAAGAAGAAAAAGUAUUAGACGUGCAAAAAUUAGUCACCAUGGCGUUGGUCCACGAUAUCGCAGAAAGCAUCGUCGGGGACAUCACGCCGCACUGCGGCAUCUCCAAAGAAGAGAAGAAUACGUUAGAGGUGGAAGCGAUGGAGAAACUGAAAGAAACGUUAGGGGAUGUGGCCGGCGAAACGAUCGAGACGUUGUGGUUGGAGUACGAAAACGGGAGCUCGCGCGAAGCGAGGGUCGUGAAAGAGUUGGAUAAGUUGGAGAUGUUAUUGCAAGCGAGCGAAUACGAGAACGAAUAUAAAGACGUGGAUUUGACGGAGUUCUAUUCGAGCUGCGAUGGGAGCUUUAAAACCGAAAACGGGAAGAGGUGGGUGGAAGAGAUUUUGAGGAGGCGACCGGUUAGGUGA